AUGUCAGAAGCCAGUGUCUCUUUAGCUCAAGAUCAGUUCAUCUGUUCAAUCUGUUUGUAUCUACUGAAGGAUCCAGUGACCAUUCCCUGUGGACACAGUUACUGUAUGAGCUGUAUUACAGACUACUGGGAUCAAGAUGAUCAGGACUACACGUGUCCUCAGUGCAGACAGACCUUCACUACAAGACCUGUUUUAGGUAAAAACACCAUGCUGGCUGAAGUGGUGGAGAAACUGAAAACUAAACUGCAAGCUGCUCGUCCUGAACACUUUUAUUUUGAAUCUGGAGAUGUGGAGUGUGACGUCUGUACUGAGAGAAAACACAAAGCUGUCAAGUCCUGUCUGGUGUGUCUGAACUCUUACUGUCAAAAUCAUCUUGAACAACAUGAGAAUUUAUUCAAAGGCAAGAAGCACAACCUGAUAGACGCCACUGGACGACUACAGGAGAUGAUCUGCCCUCAACAUGUGAAACUUGUAGAGAUUUACUGUAAAACUGAUUGGCAGUGUAUAUGUUAUCUGUGUAUGAUGGGUAAACAUAAAAAUCACAAAACUAUAUUAGCUGAAGAAGAGAGGACCGAGAAACAGAAACAACUAAAUGAGACCCAGAGAAAGAUACAGCAGAGAAUCCAGGAGAGCCAAAAGAAGCUUCAGGAGCUGAGAGAUGCUGUGGAGACUCAUAAGCGCUCUGCACAGACAGCAGUGGACGACACUGAGAGGAUCUUUACUCAACUGAUCCGAUCCAUUGAGAGAAGACGAUCUGAGGUGACACAGCUGAUCAGAGAUCAGGAAAAGACUGUAGUGAGUCGAGCUGAAGGACUCUUGAAGAGACUGGAGCAGGAGAUUGAUGAUCUGAGGAGGAGAGACGCUGAGCUGGAGCAGCUUUCACACACAGAUGAUCACAUUAAUUUCCUCCAGAGUUUCACAUCUCUCCCUAUUCCUCUUGGAUCUACAAACUCUGAGAGGACGGUCAAUUCUCUUUUCUGUUUUGAUGAAUCUGUGUCUCAUCUGAGAGAGAAACUGGAGAAUUUCUGCAGAGAAGAGAUUGAAACAAUAUCUGAUCGAGUAAUAAACAUUUCAAUCAUUGAGCUCCAAAUCAGGCAGGAGAUCCUUAAAUAUUCUUGUCAGCUCACACUGGACUUAAACACAGCACAUAAACAUCUCCAUCUGUCUGGUGGGAAAAGAGUGAUUUCUUACACUCGCAGUGUCCUGCCGUAUCCUGAUCAUCCAGACAGAUUUGAUUACUGCCUUCAGGUGUUGUGUAGUGAGAGUGUGAAUGGACGCUUUUACUGGGAGGUUGAAUGGUGUGGUGCGGUGUAUAUAUCAGUGUCAUAUAAGAGCAUCAACAGGAAGGGAUGGGGUCAUGACUGUGUGUUUGGACGUAAUGAUCAGUCCUGGAGUUUGAUCUUCUCUGACUCCAGUUGUUCAUUCUUUCACAAUAACAUUGAGACUAAACUCCCAGUAGUGUUCAGAUCUUCUAGAAUAGGAGUUUAUGUGGAUCACAGUUCAGGAUCUCUGUCCUUCUACAGCGUCUCUGACACAAUGACCCUCAUCCACAGAGUCAACACCACAUUCACUAAACCUCUCUAUCCUGGGUUUGGGUUGGUUAGUACUACGAUACAAUCAAAAGUAAAACUGUGUGAAAUGAAGACACUAUAGCUGGUUUGUGAUGAAUCAGUAAGAGUGAGAUGUUAUGGUGAAAUAACAUGAUAGAUUUCAAAUCGUUGAUUGUUUAGAUGAAUCAAUGCUUGUAAAGUAAAAGUGGGAAAACUAUAA